AUGACACUCUCAGCUUCAAAAACUGUCACGCGCUCGGGAAAAUGUCGAAUAUGUAUAAUGAUACACAAUGCAACACAUUUCUGGGACAACAAAGGGCCAGUUGACUGGCAAUUUUCAGAAGCCACAUCGAUGAUGAACACCAGUUUGCCGCAGUCCUUGCGUACAUGGAGAGAAAUGAGCGUUGUGAAUGGUCUGCACUGGUCAGAAACUUGGGAGUCUCUCCGUCCAUACUUCAAGGAAAAAGGCUACGAUCUUUAUCAAAUCAGGAACCCUUCCGCUUCCUGCAUUCCUAACGGAACACCGCCACCACCCAACAGCGAUUCUUUUGGGUUGUAUGGGGAUCGAGGUAACGACUUCAACGUGCAAUUUGAACGCUACGCACAAGCAUUUGCCGCUCGAGAUGCCCAAAAUCGUAACGUAGUUAUCAAAGUCGUCGCAAAAGAAAACGAAGAAUGCCGCGAACUAGAGAUCUUGAAAAUGCUAAACUCAGAACCUUUGAAGUCUGACCCGUGUAACGCGACGGUGCCCGUUCUCGAGUUUCUUCAGUGCGAGGACUACCAUUUUGCCGUGAUGCCGUUCUGCGACCGAUGCGAGGAGCCUCCUUUUCGAAACAUCCACGAGUGUCUCGACUUCGCCGAGCAAGUUUUGAGAACUCUAGCAUUUCUUCAUCGAAACCGUAUAGCACAUUUGGAUGUUGCUUUCGAAAAUAUUGUGAUCAAUCAUCACGGGAAAAUACCAUACUUUGACUUAAACUCUCGUGCCUGUGGGGCUCCUGAGCCAGUGUUCCGAUCUAAAUUUCCUGUAAAAUACUAUUUCCUGGAUUUCGGGUGCUCUGCUACAUUCUCUCCAUCCUCACCACUGAAGUCAUGCCUCGUGGCGCCAUUCAAUUCGAUCCUUGAGCAACGGCCACAAGAAGCACAAAAAUCGAAACACUUCAACCCCUUUGCGGCGGAUGUUUACCAGACGGCAAGGCUUUUUUACACAUGGUUUAUUAAUAUUUUGCCCGAUGUACCUGGAUUCCUAGAACUGCUACAGGACAUGUCGUCCUAUAAUCCAUCUAACCGCAUCUCAAUAGACGAAGCUUUAAAGCGAUUUUCUGCGUUGCGAUCCAAUCUCCCAUCUUCCGCAGACGAUUAUGAGGAUUCGAAUUUAUCCAAGCCACAAUCUAUCAAUCUUCUCGACUACUAUCCCCUCGUUCCGAUGGGGUUCUGGCGCAUGCUACGCGACAUUCUGCAAACAGGCGACAUGUGGCUAGCUUGCCAGUUCGCAUGGUAUAUAGUGAAGAUAUGGUUUCAGGAACAUUUGAAUAGCAGAGAGAUCCAUGACAAGCACGCUUAAAUGAUCAGUCUGUCACAGCGUUUGUGCGUUUGCGUAGUUAUUCACUGUGCAGCACUUGUGUGGUGUUGUAUGCGUGAAAU